AGUUCUAAACACAGAGAGCGCCAUACAAAAUGCUACGUGUUUUUGUUUAAUUUUCUUUUUUUUUAUGAUGGUGUGGGCAAACAUGAGUGACAGUGAGACGGGAUCAGUGCGUAAGGAUUCCACGGCAUCGACCAAUUCGGAUUAUUCGGAAAAUAAAGAGCUGUCAUCGAACAUCCUAUACGUGGACAGCGGGUUGACAUGGCCGAAGGGGGACCCUGUGCAUGGGGAGUUGGAGGAGGUCCUCGGUUCCACCCCAUCAUCACGGCCCUGCUCGCUCGUGUGGAGAGACGUCACGGUACACAUCAAACUCAAGGAUGGGAAGCUAAAACGGCUGGUUAACAGUGUUAGUGGUAUAGCCAAGCCAGGCACACUGGUCGCCCUAAUGGGACCUAGCGGCGCUGGAAAAACUACUCUCAUGUCAGCUUUGGCUCAUAGAAACCCAGCUGGCACCAUAGUGGAUGGUGACAUCGCGAUGAACGGCACGAAGGUGGGAGAGUUCAUGCACCGGGAGAGCGGCUACAUGCACCAGGACGAUCUGUUCGUCGACAACCUCACCGUCAUAGAGCAUCUCAGUGUCAUGGCCCGACUUCGGAUGGACAGGCGCACGACGUCAGUGGCCCGGAAGAGAAGGAUCAACCAGCUGCUCCGCCAACUCUCGUUGUACGGCACGCGGCAUACACGCAUUGGUGGGCUGGACGGCACCAAGACUCUGUCGGGAGGAGAGAGGAAACGGUUGUCUUUUGCUACAGAGCUCCUAACAAAUCCGGGUCUCCUGUUCUGUGACGAGCCAACGACUGGUCUGGAUUCAUCGUCUGCCCAAAAGCUGAUGAUGCUCCUCCGAGCCAAUGCCGUCCAGGGCAAGACGGUGAUAUGCACGAUCCACCAGCCUUCCUCGGAGCUGAUGGCCAUGUUUGACAAGCUGGUGCUGUUGGCAGAAGGCAGAGUAGCAUAUGCGGGAGACUCAAAUGGAGCUUUGGAGUUUUUCGAAAGCCUCGGCUACCACUGCCCAGUGACGUACAACCCGACGGACUAUUUCAUGAAGGUCCUGGCUCUGACGCCGGGCUCGGAGAUGGCCUCCCGGCACGCCAUCAAGAGCGUCUGCGACAGGUUCGCCGUCAGUGAUGCUGCCAAGGAGCUGGACAUGGAAAUACACCUGGAGUUCCAUCUGAUGGAUCAUGAGGAUGAGGAAUCAAGACGACUAAAGAAGAACGACUACAAGUCUCCAUUCUUUUUCACUAAACUAAUUUGGUUAAUCUAUAGGUAUCUUUUAAUUGUGGUUCGGGAUCCCCGGAUUCAAACCAUUAGGAUAUUCCAAAAAUUGGCAAUAGCUACAACGGCGGGAUUAUGUUUCAUCGGCUCAAUUAGGAUGACGCAGGCUGGCAUCCAGGAUGUGCAGGGGGCUAUCUUCGUGAUAGUCGCCGAGAACACGUUUAUCCCCAUGUACUCCGUGCUGCACAUGUUCCCGGAGGAGUUCCCCAUGCUACAUCGGGAGCUCAGCGCGGGGCUGUAUACUACGCCCGUGUAUUAUAUCGCGAGGAUGAUCGCUCUUCUGCCAGGUCUGCUGGUGGAGCCGACGCUGUUCACGCUGGUGGUGUACUGGCUGGCCAACCUCAAAGCCACGCUCUACUCUCUCAGCCUCACCGUCUUCGUCGCGAUACUGGUGCUCAACGUCGCCGUUGCUUGUGGAUCAUUCUUCUCGUGUGCGUUCGGGUCGAUGCCGGUUGCCAUCGCGUACCUGGUGCCCUUCGAUUACUCCCUCAUGAUCACAUCGGGACUGUUCAUCAAGCUGAGCUCAAUCCCGAAGUACAUCUCGUGGAUCCGUCACGUGUCCUGGCUGAUGUACUCCACCGAGGCCAUCAGCAUCCUGCAGUGGAAGGGGGUGCAGAAUAUAUCGUGCACGAUGUUAGACGAAGGCGCGCCUUGCAUCAGCACUGGGGAGGAAGUCUUGGAGGUAUACGACUUCGACAUGGGCCACCUUUGGACAGACAUCACCGCGUUAUUCAUACUAUAUUUCUCCUUCCAUCUGCUAGCGCUCAUAGCGUUAAAGUAUAGGACCAGAAGAAAAUGAUUUCUAUGUUUGAUUUACGCUAUGUAGCUGCGAAGACGUGAUGUUUAGAUUCAUUAUUCGCAAGACAUUGUUUUAGGUUUGAUGAACGUUUUUUUUAUUCACGGUAGCCUCAGUUUCUCAUAAGGGUUAACGUCUCUACGAUCAAAUAUUUUUAAGUUUUUUAUAUUCUACUUAUGAAAAUGUUGAUGUAAUUAUUAUGUUUUAAUGCUUGAUAA